UGAGAACACAAUUUCGUAGGGAAGGAUUAGCACAGGCUGCCAGCCAAGAGGCUGUCUAGUGCCUACUGCGGAUUGCUGUUGCUGCUGGUGGUGCUGCUGCUGAAUUCAGCCGGGCAGAGAGACAGAGACAGACAGAGGCAGACACUCGCGCACAGCAUCGGCUGGGCCAGCCACUGUUUUGGGCGCGGGGGACCCCAGAUCCUGGAGGUGGGCUCCCUCCAAGAUCAAGAAGACCACCUUUCCCCCAGCCCCCCAACACACACCUCACAAGGACAGGCAGCAGGAGGAAGGAAGCUGGGGGCAGCUCUCCUCCGCAGCCCCAGUGCUGAACUUUUAAACCCUAAAGACUCGGAUCCCUUACCAGUCUCUCAGGGUGAGUGGGGGGCAACCAGGCACCAACCAGCUACCAACCAGCCGGGCCUGCCAGGGGACUGUGUAGCCAAAGGGGAUCCUGUCCUCAUCAAUCCCUUGUGGAGGAGGCAGGACCCCUAUUAGGGAAAACUUAGAAUCUUCCCUCCUCCAGCUAGACCAAGGCUUUCCUGGUUUUUAUUAUUGUUAUUAUUAUUUUUUUCCUUGACUGGGUAGCAUUGUUUGAGAUUCUGGACCAGAGGGGGCAGCAAGUCUAAGAGAUACUCAGAUGUUUGUUUGGGCUGGAUUGAAUUGAAGGCUUCCCCCAGGCUUCCAGUGGUUGAUUCUUCACAUCAUUUGGACCCUUCUCUCCCUUUACACCUGUCAGAGGGCUGAUCUCGGGUCAUUGCCUCCAGUCCUGUGAUGUCCUGCGAAUGUGCAGGACACAGCAAGGGUGCCCAAUACAUGACAGCCACCGCCAAGGACUCGGAGGAGAGAGCCAUGGAUUCUAUGCUGGUGACCUCCACUCCGGCUUCUGGGACCUUCUCCCAUGUCUUCGGUCAGCAGUGCCAGCUUAUGGAGGCAGCUGUGCAGUCCUUACACACUUUAAAUGACCAGAUCUCCCACUUUGUGGUCACCAAGUCGAAGACCCUAGAGGAGGAUAAGGACCCCUUUCUACCUACAGAAAAAGAAUCUCUGAAGAAUUCAAUGGCAUUGAUGAGACAUCUCCUAAUGGAUGCCCAGGCCAAAAUCCUGAGCAUGAUGGAAGACAAUAAGCAGCUGGCUCUCCGGAUCGAUGGGGCGAUCCAGUCCGCCAGCCAGGAGGUGACUAACCUGCGAGCCGAGCUGACAGCUACCAACCGGAGACUAGCCGAGCUGAGCGGCGGCGGCGGCGGCGGCGGCAGCACUGGUGGUGGAGGCGGCGGCGGCGGCGGCGGCAGCAGCGGCAGCUGCGACUCCUCGAUCAUGGAGAACAACCAUCACAACGCGCAAGUGUUACUCCGAGAAGAGGUAUCUCAGCUGCAAGACGAGGUUCAUCUCCUCCGGCAGAUGAAGGAAAUGCUCACAAAAGACCUGGAGGAGUCUCACGGAAGCAAGUCUACGGAGAUUCUCUCGGCCACCGAGCUCAAAGUCCAGCUGGCCCAGAAGGAGCAGGAGUUAGCCAGAGCCAAAGAAGCCCUCCUGGCCAUGAAGGCCGAUCGAAAGCGCUUGAAGGCCGAAAAGACAGACCUUGUGAGCCAAAUGCAACAGCUCUACGCCACCCUGGAGAGCCGGGAGGAGCAGCUUCGGGAUUUCAUCCGGAACUAUGAGCAGCACAGAAAAGAGAGUGAGGAUGCAGUCAAAGCCCUGGCAAAAGAGAAGGACCUUUUGGAACGGGAGAAGUGGGAGCUGCGUCGGCAAGCCAAAGAAGCCACGGACCACGCCACGUCCCUGCGCUCACAGCUGGACCUGAAGGACAACAGAAUGAAGGAGCUUGAGGCUGAGCUGGCCAUGGCAAAGCAGUCCUUAGCCACCCUGACCAAGGAUGUCCCCAAGCGGCAUUCACUUGCCAUGCCAGGCGAGACAGUUCUCAAUGGCAAUCAGGAAUGGGUGAUGCAGGCGGACCUCCCGCUCACCGCGGCCAUCCGGCAGAGCCAACAGACGCUGUACCAUUCACAUCCCCCCCACCCCACAGACCGGCAAGCUGUCAGGGUGAGCCCCUGUCAUUCUCGGCAGCCUUCCAUCAUCUCUGAUGCAUCUGCAGCCGAAGGAGACCGGUCAUCAACGCCAAGUGACAUCAACUCCCCUCGUCACCGGACACACUCCCUCUGCAAUGGGGACAGUCCUGGACCUGUUCAGAAGAAUUUACACAACCCAAUUGUACAGUCACUAGAGGACCUCGAAGACCAAAAAAGGAAAAAGAAGAAAGAGAAGAUGGGAUUUGGCUCCAUCUCCCGGGUCUUUGCCAGAGGGAAGCAGCGGAAAUCCCUCGAUCCAGGCCUCUUUGAUGACUCCGACAGCCUGUCCAGCCCAACACGCCUCAGCCUGUCAGAAGGAGAGGAACAGAUGGACCGACUGCAGCAGGUGGAGCUGGUUCGAACCACCCCCAUGUCGCACUGGAAAGCAGGGACUGUCCAAACCUGGCUGGAGGUGGUCAUGGCAAUGCCCAUGUAUGUCAAGGCCUGUGCAGAGAACGUGAAGAGUGGGAAGGUCCUGCUGAGUCUAAGUGAUGAAGACCUGGAGACUGGUCUUGGCGUGUGCAGCUCCUUGCACCGCCGAAAGCUCCGGCUGGCGAUCGAGGACUACAGGGAUGCAGAGACUGGCAAAUGCUUGUCAAAAGCCUCGGACUUGGACCACCACUGGGUGGCUAAGGCAUGGCUCAAUGACAUCGGUCUGCCCCAGUACUCCCAGGCCUUCCACAACCACCUCAUCGAUGGGAGGAUGCUCAAUUCUCUGAUGAAGAGAGACCUGGAAAAACAUCUGAAUGUGUCCAAGAAAUUCCACCAGGUCAGCAUCCUGCUAGGUAUCCAACUCCUCUACCAAGUGAACUUCAGCAAGGAGGUUCUCCAGGAGCGACGGGCUCGUUGUGAGACACAGAACAUUGACCCCGUGGUCUGGACAAACCAGCGAGUGCUCAAGUGGGUACGGGACAUUGAUCUGAAGGAGUAUGCUGACAACCUGACCAACAGCGGUGUCCACGGAGCAGUGCUGGUCUUAGAGCCCACAUUCACGGCGGAAGCCAUGGCAACGGCCCUGGGCAUCCCCAGUGGGAGGCACAUCCUUCGGAGGCACCUGGCUGAGGAGAUGAGCACCAUCAUCAACCCCGCCAGUACUGCAGGUAUCCGAGAGGCUGAGAGAUUUGGGACCCCCCCAGGAAGGGCUUCCAGCGUUACUCGGCAGGGGAAGGAGGAGAGCAACAGCAGCGUCAAGUACAAGACUGGCCGGUUGCCACUAGGGAAGAUUGGAAGGGGGUUCAGCAGCAAAGACCUCGACUUCCAUGAUGACUAUGGCUCCCUGAGAAAUGAAGACUGCUUCGAUGAUGACCCUCAAGAUAGACCAGAUCAGUGUCGUCUGGAAAACUACAGUGGACUUGAGGUCACCAACGUGUAAAGAACUUCUUUGUUCCCACCAGUCUCAUGGACUGAGGAGAAAAAGCAAAGGGGAAAGAGGGAGCUUAUGAAGAGCCCAAAUGGGUGUACAUAGAACCUUGGAGCUAAGGGGCAACACGGCAUCAUUACCUUGUCAGCCAAGGGACACUCUCCAGACCAGUCUGGAGACAGACCAACUCUAGGAGGCUACUCAAACGAGCUCCUGGUGGGAACUGGAGGAUCCUUACCUGGAGAGCUCUAGAAAAAAACAUGACCAUCCAACAUCCUGUCCUGGACUGUUUAGACAUCCCUCCACCAGAAAGCAGACCCCUUGCAAGUCACUAUGACCUCUAACGUUCUACAGUUCUCUGGCCUAAUUUCAGAGGGAACUUAGAAGUUAAACCAUCCAUGAGCUACCCCUAAGCCCCAGGCCAAGCCACCAUGGGCAGGAAGGACCCAUAUCCCCCCACUCCCUCAAAUGUCCUUCCAAAACUAGCUAGUGGCUUAACUCAGUAUUUCAGACACCAAUUUGAAUGAAGGGAAGAAUAACCAUGGAAAAGGGAAGAUGAUGGCCCAGCAAGUUAUUGCCCUUCUACCUGUUGGGAAAUCAAUGAGAAGCCAGGGAUGCUGCCUCCUGGAUGUGAUGUCAGAGUGAGAGCUUCACCUCCUGUUUUUCUUCUCUCUUUGAUUUCCAGUGAAUGAGGGGGGCUUCCCCAACCUUCCAGACUCCAACCUAGAUCAUCACGUCUGGAACAGGCAGAGUGGUUAAAGCCCAGGAUUUAGAGACAUUUGGAAUGCUAGCUCUAAUGUUUGACUGCCUAUGGAACCUUGGAAAAGUCACUUCAUCCCUGGGCUUCAGUUUACUUGUGUAUAAACUGUGAGACUAGACUAGAUAAUCACUAAGGCUCCAAUAUUCUUUGGGUGAACUUCCUAUGCUUCAAUGAUCUUGUGAUAUUUCUUGGGGUGUUGACUGUGUGACCUUGGACAAAUCAUUUACCUACCCUGGGUCUCAGUUCCCUCCUUUGUAAAGUUAGUGGGAUGGACUAGAUGUCCUCUGAGGUCCCUUCCACCUCUAAGUUUAUGACCCUGUGAUGUGAGGCUGGUCCUGGACUUUCACCAAAAGAGUGUCCCCUGGCUUUAGGGAAGUACUUAACAAAUUAAUGCAGGGUAGAAGUGGUUACCCUGUCUAAAGUCCUCACACCAGGAGAGGGUACAGUUGUUAAAUAACUGUUUACACAUUGCCCAGGAAAGUUUGGGGAUUAUUUCUUCUGCAUGAAGCAGACUUCAAUACUGGACUCCUCAAUGUGGCCAGUCUCUCCACCAGUGCAGAACUCAACCCACUGACCAAGUCUCAUCCUGUGUGAUUCUUGUCCAUAUUCUUCCAAAAGUCCUCCAAAAGGGAGGACUUUAGUUCUUUUUAUACUUCAUGGAUGUGCCAUACUCAAGCUGACCAUCUGCUAAGGCAUGUUCACCAAAGGUCUACACCCAUGCCAUGGAAUAUGUCCUGUGCAAUGUCCAAUGGAGGAUGAUUAUAUUCUCCAGACACUUAUGGUAAUGCAUGGUAUUGUGCAGGUUGGUUCAGGACCAAGGACACCACCAAGCUCUUCCGGUGAGAUCCAUGGCUAUUAAGAAGAAAUCAGCUCGGUCAUCCGCAUAGGAUAAAUUAAGUGGAUGAAGAAUGUGCGAUACUCAGAUUCCAUUGGCUACGUGACCAACCUGUUGAACUAGUGCAUCGGGAUAUACACACUUGGUUGAAAGGUGUUAUUGAAAUAGUUCCCUAUUCACAAGGGUGUCUGGAUUUGUUUGAGACAAGAGCCAUGGUGGAAAUAAGCUUAAUUCUUCUCAAGAGUGCCAAUGGUGUCUUUCAUUUAGGGGAAGGUGGAAGUGAGGGGUAGGGAAAUUUUGUUCAGCAUUCAAAUAAUGAGUUAGGUUUUUGGUUUUUUUAAUGACUCCAUUACACGGAACAUAACAUGUCUGCUCACACGAGUCUUAACCAAGAUGUAAGGCCAACAGAAAGGAAUCAAUAAGGUUUCUUCUGCCAUUGUCAUUGUUUUGUGACCUCUGCCUAGUGACCUCACCUGUCUGUGCCUCAGCAUCUAGAACAGGGGCAGGGCACCUUGUCCCCUACCUACCUCACAGGGAUGUUGUGAGGACUAAUAUGCACUAAUUUCUGUAACACACUUCAUGACUUCUCAGAAGGGGCUUUUUGGCAGUGGGCACCCCUCUGUUUCUCCCUUCAAAGAUGGGGGGAAGAAGGCUAUUUACUCUAGCUCAGAGCUUCUCUCAUUCACUUCAGUCUCACUCAUGACUCAUAUGGAAAGUCAGACCAAGGGCUUUUGAAAACUUAGUCUGUUUCCAAACACUGUCAAAAUGAUUGAAUGCAAAGGAGAAAUACACUUACCCACCCACAUAAUGGUCAGAUAAGCAAUUGUACUGAAUUUUUCAUUGGAUUGGCUGUCAAUCAAAUAAUUUAGCACAACGUUAGGCCCAAAAGAAGUGCUCAGUAAUUCUUUAAGAUUUCAUUUUCUUGCAUGCAGAUAUCAGGGCAAAACAAAUUCAAACAAAAACCCCAAAAGCCAAUGCCAACUAAUAACUGAGGCAGAACACAAAUUCAUCAAUUAGGACUCUGUUUAUAUAUCUAUUGCUAAGGAUAAUUGUUUUUUAACUAAGGACUAUCUUUAUUAAAGCAAUUGAUAUCUGUGUGAAUAAAUGAUAACACAUUUGAUUUUCCACACUUGGAUAAAAAGUAUUUAUAGCAGUAACUAGGUCUUACUUACUUUCCUAACAGAAAUGUAAAUUGAGCCCCAUUCAUGAAUUUGUUCAUUGUGCUUCCCUAAAGCCAGGGACCACUUUUUGGUCUUUAGCCAUCCCCUAGAAUGGGUCCAGAAUAUAAUUUCCUUCCCCUAAACAUCCAGAAACAUCUGGAUAAGAGAUAUGCUAUAUUGAUUCUACCGCUUUAAUGGAGAAAUCCAUUAUAUACCAAAUGACCUGACUUUUUGACUCCAAACCCUGAGAUCUUUACUCUUCCUGCAGCCAGGCAUGCCAGAAGGGCUUGUAAGACCAUAAUCCACUAGGGCAUCAUUUCAUUUCAUGACACCCAGGGUGCAAUUGGAAGCCACCCUGCCCCAUAUUACUGACAUCUGUCUAUAUUCCCUAUACUUGUUUCUCAUUAGUACAAAAUUUCUGCAUGGUAUUCCGAGUUAUCAGGGCCUGUUGGAUUCCUGAACCCAGUACCACAAAGAGAAAGAUAAAAGCCCUCAUGGAACCUAACUAUAGUGUUGUGGCAACAUCAGUGAAUUUGGAUCAAUGACAGGUUACCAUCUGCUACACUUCUGACCUAGGGCAAAUAAUUCUCUUCAUUUCCUGGGACCUCAAUUUUCUCCUUUGUAAGAGGAGGUUAGACCAGAUGAUCUCUAAGUCCUUUCCAGUUAUAAAGUCAGUAACUUAUUCUUUCCUUACACAUUGCCACCUGAACAGAGAUUCGAUUAGCUCUCUUAGGAAGUCAAGUAAUGUUCUUACAGUGGAAGAUUGGUACACACUUGCAUAAUUUCAUAUCUGGGUAUAAAUGAGAAAGGCAGAGCCAUAUCUAAGAGUUGACUGUGUGACCUUGGGCAAAUCACUUACCUUCCCUGGGUUUCAGUUUCCUCCUUUGUAAAAUAAGUGGGAUGGACUCAAUGAUCUCUGAGGUCUCUUCCACCUCUAGAUUUAUGACGUGAGGAUGGAGCGCCUGGAUCUUUGCCUCCAAGGGCCAAAAUUUAGAAGGUGUGGAAAACACCAUCCAGGAACAUAUUUAUUCCCUGCCUCCCACCCCCUGGCUUCACCCUAAUUAAACUACCUUCUUCCUCUCCCAAGUGCAAAAAUUCCUAGUUAUGGCUCUGGAGAAAGGGGGAAAGACUCUUGGAAACUGGUAUGGCUUUUCAGAAACUGUUUUCCUCCCUAAAUUCCCAAAGUAAUAGUAUAUGAGGGAGUUCAUGAGCACCAAAUGUCAAACUUACUUUCUUGAGCAACUCAGUUAUUAAGCAUCCAGGGAUCUUGGACAUCCACUGGAUUUUUUAGACUAUGAGAUCCUGAUCCUAAUUCCAAUCCCCCCAUAUCCAUUCCAGGACUAUUUUAAGCAUUUUGGAGCAAGGAAAGUGAACCUCAUGGUCCUUAGGCUCCAAUAAUGCCAAUGGCACUUGCCUUAAAAGACAAAGAUAAUUCACUGGCCCCACAUCCAUAAGGUUUGGAAUGCUUUCUCUGAUCCUGGAAUCUGAUUUGUGCUAAUGAAAAAAAACGGCCUCCCUUGUCCCAGAAAUUGAAUGAGGUGAGCUCUGUCUUUCUGGAGAGCUGUGCGGCCAAAAUGCCAGUUCUUCAAGUCUGAGGGGAGAGAAUGAGUGGGUAAAGGAGAUCAGAAAGGAGAUCGUCGUGACAUAAAUUUGGAGCCAGAGGAACUGGAGCUGGUGAUCAUGGCUGCUAUUUGUCAGCUGGGUGACCUUCUGGGCCUCAAAGCUUCCUCUGGUAAAAAAAGUAAAAAUAAAAAUAAAAAAGAGGAGGAUUGGACUGGAUCACUUUUAAGGUCCUCACCAGCCCUAAAUCACUCGAUCCUCUGAGCACCGGGAAGCAAUCUAUGUGUGUCUCUGGACCAAAAGCCAUUAUGAUGGAUGUGACCUGGAUCUCCAAGUGUAACAAGGUGUCUGUAUCCAGAAAAGGAGAUGUGUGUAUGGAUGUGUGUGUUUCUGUAUAAAGUACAAUCUUCUUUGCCUGA